AUGGCCGACGUGGAAGACGGUGAGGAGUCCGGCACUCGGGCCUCUCAUCCCCGGAGCGUAAGCUCCAAGUCGGGGGGCGACAAAAUGUUCUCCCGCAAGAAGUGGAAUGUGGUAGCCAUGUGGAGCUGGGACAUAGAAUGCUAUAUGUGUACCAUUUGCAGGGUACAGGUGAUGGAUGCCUGUCUUAGAUGUCAAGCUAAAAACAAACAAGAGGAUUGUGUUGUGUUCUGGGGAGCGUGUAAUCACUCCUUCCACAAUUGCUUCAUGUCCCCGUGGGUAAAGCAGAAUAAUCUCUGCCCUCUCUGCCAGCAGGACUGGGUCGUUCAAAGAAUCGGCAAAUGA